UGGCAAUUUUGUAUGUCGAAUUCGGAAGAAAAUUAAUAUUAAAAAAUACAAACAGUAAUUAUACGCAAAUCGCAAGACUCUUAUAAAAUGACAAACGCUGCUGCCGAUGCUGUUACCCAAGACGUUGAAAUGGAGGUUGACGCAACACCCGAAACACUAGCUGACGAAAAGAAAAAUCAAGAUCUCGCUGCUGUGCAGGAAAUACGCGAACAAAUCCGUCAGAUAGAAAAGUCCGUGGCUUCUAAGGAAUCGCGUUUUAUUCUUCGUGUGCUCCGCAAUUUGCCUAACACACGACGUAAACUAAACGCCGUCGUCUUCCGGAACCUGGCACAGAGUAUCUAUCCGGUUGGCGCCGAUCGUGAGUCAGCGUUGUCUCUGACUCCAGCACUGGAAAAAGAUGCCACGGAAUUGCCCGAUGUGGCCAAAAAGCAGGUGGCCACAAAAGCACCCAUUGCCGAGGUGGAUGCGUAUUUCUAUCUGCUGUUGCUGGUCAAAUUGAUAGAUGCAAGCGAUUUGAAACGCGCUGGCGUUUGCUCGGAGGCUCUCAUGUCCAAAAUCUCGAUACAAAAUCGUCGGACAUUGGAUCUGAUUGGCGCCAAGUCAUAUUUUUAUCAUUCACGCGUCGCGGAGCUUAACAAUGCUCUGGAGGGCAUACGCGCCUUUUUGCAUGCCCGCCUGCGAACCGCAACGCUGCGCAAUGAUUUCGAGGGACAGGCGGUGCUUCUGAAUUGUCUGCUGCGUAACUAUUUGCAUUAUGCGCUGUAUGACCAGGCCGAUAAGCUGGUCAAGAAGUCUGUAUACCCGGAGUCGGCCAGCAACAAUGAAUGGGCGCGUUUCCUUUAUUACUUGGGUCGCAUCAAGGCCGCCAAGUUGGAGUACAGCGAUGCACACAAGCAUCUGGUGCAGGCUCUGCGUAAAUCUCCGCAGCAUGCCGCGAUUGGAUUCCGUCAGACCGUUCAGAAGUUGAUUAUAGUUGUGGAGCUGUUGCUGGGCAACAUACCGGAACGUGUGGUAUUCCGCCAGGCGGGCUUGCGCCAAUCUCUGGGUCCGUAUUUCCAGCUCACACAGGCUGUGCGGCUGGGUAAUCUGAAGCGUUUCGGUGAUGUUGUGUCACAGUUUGGACCCAAAUUCCAGAUGGAUCACACAUUUACGUUAAUCAUACGACUGCGCCACAAUGUCAUCAAGACGGCCAUUCGCUCCAUUGGACUGUCCUAUUCGCGCAUCUCACCCAAGGAUAUAGCCAAGCGUUUGAUGCUUGACUCGGCCGAGGAUGCUGAAUUUAUUGUGUCCAAGGCCAUACGUGAUGGUGUCAUUGAAGCCACCUUGGAUCCCGCCCAGAAUUAUAUGCGCAGCAAGGAGAGCACCGAUAUCUAUAGCACACGCGAACCUCAAUUGGCUUUCCAUGAGCGCAUCUCCUUUUGCUUGAACCUACACAAUCAGAGCGUUAAGGCCAUGCGUUAUCCGCCCAAAUCAUACGGCAAGGACUUGGAGAGCGCCGAGGAACGACGCGAACGCGAACAGCAGGAUUUGGAGUUGGCCAAGGAGAUGGCCGAAGAUGAUGAAGAUGGUUUCUAAGCGCAUGCUAUGCACUCAAACAUAUACUAAUAUUUCAUAGAUGUGUGUACCAAUAAACAUAAUAAAAUUAAUUUUCAAAAUUUUUAAA